UCUAUUGAACUGCUGGUCCACCUUGAGGCUGCUCCCACAGUCCCACUUAUAUGAGCAAGACUUGAAUCUGAUACCUAAUCAACCAAAACAUCUGUUCGGCAAAAAUUUUGAGGGUGUAGGGGCAAAGUUAAUGGCUCCUAGAAUAAAGUAUGGUGUAGGGGCAAAGUUAAUGGCAGACAACGCUCCUAAAAUGAAAUAUGAUGUUUUUGUUAGCUUUAGGGGCAAGGACAUUCGCCGAGGUUUGCUUAGCCAUUUGAUUAAGGAUUUUCGUCGGAAGCAAAUAUAUGCCUUUGUAGAUGAUAAGCUUCAGAGGGGAGAUGAAAUAUCAUCAUCACUUAUUGCGGCAAUUGAAGGCUCAUUCUGUUCGUUGAUCAUAUUCUCUAAAGACUAUGCUUCUUCACAUUGGUGUUUGGAAGAGCUUGUGAAAAUAGUUAAAUGCAGAGAGAAGUAUGGACAGACUGUAAUACCUGUUUUCUACAAUGUAGAUCCCACAAAUGUACGACAUCAAAAGGAGAGUUAUGGAAAUGCGCUUGCUAAACAUGAAGAAAAGUAUAAUUUGACAAAGGUGCAAAGAUGGAGAGAUGCUUUGAACAAAUCUGCAAAUUUAUCAGGAAUUAAGUCAUUGGAUUUUCGAGAUGAUGCCGAGCUGCUUGAAGAAAUCAUCAAGACCAUCAACCUUGAGUUGAAGAGGUUGAAACAGCACGCAGUUCAUUCAAAAGGACUUGUUGGAAUUGACAAACCAAUUUUACAUUUAGAAUCUUUAUUAUGUCAAGAUUCAAAAGACGUUCGUGUUAUUGGAAUUUGGGGUAUGGGCGGUAUUGGAAAGACAACCAUUGCACAAGAAGUAUUUAACAAACUAAGUUUUGAAUAUGAAGGAGGUUGUUUUUUGGCAAAUGUAAGGCAAGAAUCUGCAAGAGCAGGUGGAACCAAUUCCUUAAAAGAAAAACUUUUUUCAACACUUUUAGCAGAAGAUGUGAAAAUUAACACAACAAAUGAAUUGCCCGAUUAUGUUAUGUUGAGGCUUGGUCGCAUGAAGGUUCUUAUUGUUCUUGAUGAUGUUAAUGAUCCAGAUCAACUAGAAGUUUUAGUUGGAGAUCAUGAUUGGUUUGGAACAGGUAGUAGAAUCAUUAUUACAACUAGAGAUAAACAAGUGCUUAUGAAUGAAGUUGUUGAUGAUGAUGAUAUAUAUGAGGUAGGGGCAUUGGAUUUUGAAGAAGCACUUAAGCUUUUCAAUUUGAAUGCCUUCAAACGAAAUCAUCUUGAAAUGGAGUACUAUGAGCAAUCAAAGAAGGUGCACAGAUUGCCAGUGAGCCUACAUGGGGCAAGGAUACAACCCGUGGAUAAAGUGCAUCGCGGACCGAAUUUUUGGGUAGCAGUCUACUUCUAUUAUUUUGGAGAAUUGUGAUUUGCAUUAGUAUUCCAUUUAUUUUGGUGGAUCAUGAUAUCUGAUGUGUUACUUUGUAUAUGGCAUGUAUAUGUUUUGUACAUGUUUUCCACUUUGAUGCAUGUACAAUUGUGUAUUCAGGCAUGUUUAUAUUAUGAUAUAGUAUUCAGUUAUAUGAUUACAUGUUGGAUAUGCAUGUUGUUAGAUA